AUGCGAUUGAAGGACAGCCUGUCUGGAGAUAUCUCAUCCUUCUCAGAACUACAGAUUCUGGAUCUAUCAAACAACAAGGAACUAGGAGGACCUCUUCCGUCUUCUAGUGGGAAUUUGAAGAAGCUAAGAAACUGUGAUCAGCUGCCAGCAACUGCUCUCUCUGUAAGGAUCUCAAAAUCUCUAAAUUCUAAUAGCUUCAGUGGAUCAAUCCCACCUUCAAUUGGCACUCUAUCUAAGCUUUAUUGGCUGGAUCUAGCUGACAAUAAGCUUGAUGGACCCAUCCCAGUCUCCACAGGGACUACACCUGGUCUUGAUAUGCUAGUUAAUACAAAACACUUUCAUUUUGGAGAGAACCAGCUCUCUGGCCCAAUCCCAUCUCAACUUUUCAGCUCAGACAUGACUCUCAUACAUUUGCUUUUUGGCAGCAACAACCUCUCUGGUAGUAUUCCUUCUUCUGUUGGCCUUGUAAAGACUUUGGAGGUUGUACGCUUUGAUAGGAAUUCAUUGACAGGUCCUGUCCCUGAGAACCUCAACAAUCUUACCAGUGUUAGUGAUUUAUAUUUAUCCAACAAUCAAUUGACAGGACCUUUUCCCAACCUCACUGGGAUGAAUUUGCUCACUUACUUGGACAUCAGCAAUAAUAGUUUUGAUGCAUCAGAAUUUCCUUCUUGGAUUUCAACCUUGCAAUCUUUGACAACAUUAACGAUGGAGGGCGUACAACUUCAGGGACAGGUUCCAACUAACUUCUUCAGCCUUCCCAGUUUACAGACUGUGGUAUUAAGUAACAACCAGCUUAAUGGCUCUUUAGAUAUCGGAACAACCUAUGGUAAUGGAUUACAACUUGUUGAUUUGCGAAAAAAUUUCAUUUCUGCCUACACAAAAAGACCAGGACAAAAUCAAGUUGCUGUCAUCCUUGUGAGCAACCCAGUUUGUGAUGAAACAGGAGUAACAGAAACUUACUGCACUAUUCCCCGACCUGGUUCUUCAUAUUCAACACCACCAAAUAAUUGUGUGCCUGCUUCUUGCACUGCAAAUAAAACUUCAAGUCCUAACUGUAAAUGCUCAUAUCCGUACACAGGACUUCUAGUUUUCAGGGCUCCAUCAUUCUCAGACUUGGGAAACUUCACCACUUACACAUCUCUUCAGCAAAAAAUGAUGGAUUCUUUUAGGUCCAAUCAACUUCCUGUGGAUUCAGUUUCUCUAAGUAAUCCAAGAAAGGAUUCAUCUCUGUAUCUUGAUUUGAAUCUGAAAAUCUUUCCAUCAGGCCAUGAUCGUUUUAAUCGAACAAUUAUUUCUGGUAUUGGAUUUGUGCUAAGCAAUCAGACUUUCAAGCCACCUCAUAUGUUUGGACCUUACUAUUUUAUUAUAUUGCAGAUGAUUCACAGAGUAUUUUCCUGGGAAUCAAGCAAAUCAAACACUGGCCAUUAUUCAUUGGAGCCUGUAGUUUGGUUGUUCUGCCGUAUUCUGCCCCUAUUAUUAAUCUUAGCAGGCCUUUAUGCUUAUCUAAUCUUAGCAGGCCUUUAUGCUUAUCGUCAGAAGAAGAAAGCAAAAAGAGCAACCGAACAGAACAAUCCUUUUGCACAUUGGGAUUCAACUAAGAACAGUGGUGCUGAUAUUCCAAAGAUAAAAGCAGCCAAAUGUUUUUCUUUUGAAGAGCUCAAGAGAUAUACCAAUAAUUUUUCAGAAGCCAAUGAUAUUGGAUCCGGGGGUUAUGGAAAGGUUUACAGAGGAAACCUUCCUUCUGGACAACUAAUCGCCAUCAAACGAGCUCAACAAGGAUCAUUGCAGGGUGGGGUAGAGUUCAAAAAUGAGAUUGAACUUCUAUCCAGAGUUCAUCAUAAAAAUUUAGUAAGCCUUCUGGGAUUUUGCUUUGAGCGAGGUGAACAAAUGCUUGUGUAUGAGUUUGUUACAAAUGGUAGUCUCAGUGAUAGUCUAUCAGGGAAGACAGGAAUAAGGUUGGAUUGGGUCAGGAGACUUAAAAUAGCCCUUGGUGCAGCAAGGGGUCUGGCCUAUAUGCAUGAACUUGCUGACCCUCCUAUUAUACAUAGGGAUAUAAAGUCCACCAACAUUCUACUGGAUGAACGGUUAAUUGCAAAAGUUUCUGAUUUUGGUCUCUCCAAAGCCUGUUUUGGUGAAACACUAAGCCAGAAAGGCCAUCUACUUCAGCAAGUUCGCAGGAAGCAGGCAAGGGAAGUCAAUCCUUACAGCAAAAUGGGUGAGGUAGUGAAAGAAAUAGAGAAUAUCUUGCAGCUAGCUGGUUUAAACCCCAAUGCUGAAUCAGCAUCUACUUCAGCGAGUUACGAGGAAGCAGGCAAGGGAAGUCAUCCUUACAGCAAAGAUGCAUUCGAUUAUAGUGGGGGCUUUCCACCUUCAAAGAUAGAGCCACAAUGAACAUUAUUAUUACCUUUCAAUUUUGAUAUUCCCGACAGUUUGGAGUGUUUAAAUCUGUUCUGAGUUUUCUUUUAUUGUUCAAAGCAUGUAAUUCAAUUGAGUUCUUUGCUUGUGAAUAUGUAGCAGAAGUGAUGCUUUUGAUAUUGAUAGAAAAAAAAAAAUGUAAGACAGACAGAUUUUG